GCGUCAAUCACCACAAUUCAACUUUCUUCCUUCCUUUCCAACAAUCCUUUGUAGAACGCGAAAAACCAAAUACAUGCGGCCCUACUGCAGUCUCCUUACAACUUCCAUCCGCCGCACUUUCUCGAAGCAAUCACCACGCAUGGCCCUCUACAACAGCCCAGGACACAGCACCAGCACCAGCGCAGCAAUGUCGUCCUCUACACCCAAUAAACGCAUCUUCGCCCCCGGCGGCACAAACGACUCCCAGCAAGCCCAACAAUACACAAAAGGCAGUCUCGAAGCAGACCAACUCGACCCCAACCCGCUUACCCAAUUCGACAUAUGGUUCCAACACGCCAAUGCCGAAAAGGUACACCAACCCGAAACCGUCACUUUGAGUACUGCAGAACUACCAUCGGGAAGAGUAAGCGCGAGAAUGGUAUAUUUGAAAGAGUUGGACGACAAAGGUUGGGUGGUGUACAGUAACUGGGGCACCAGCAGGAAGGCUGCAGAUGUAAAGAGCAAUCCUCAUGCGAGUUUGACUUUUUGGUGGCAUGAGUUGGAAAGGCAGGUUCGGGUUGAGGGAAGGGUGGAGAGAAUGACUAGUGAGGAGAGUCAGGUAUACUACGACACGCGCAUCCGUGGCAGCAGGAUGGGUGCUUGGGCGAGUCAGCAGAGCAGUGUGCUCAGCAGUCGUGAAGAGCUUGAGAAGCAGGUUGAGGACGUUGAGAAGAGGUUCGAUGGGCAAGACAAAAUCCCUGUACCGGAGUUCUGGGGUGGCAUCAGAGUCAUUCCGGAGAUGGUCGAGUUCUGGCAGGGAAGACCCAGUCGCUUGCACGAUCGUUUCAGAUAUACCAGAGAUGAGAAGAGUGAGUCUGGAUGGAAGGUCGACAGAUUGAGUCCGUAAGUCAAGCAAUCAAGCAAAGUUUACAGGCUCCCUUGAGUAGCGACAUGUCCCUUCCUGGCCCUUGGGACCCGAUCCGCUUUACCGGAUUCGUGACACUGGAUGGCUUCUCGCACGCUUAGCAACACAUAGCGCGAAUCCCAUCUCGCUUCCUCUCUUGUACGACAACAUUGGUAAAUUGAGUUCUUGGACCUCGGAGACCAUCGACACACUGGCUUACCGACUGGCCUUCGAGAAAACCCAGACCCAUCUGAGCAGUGUCGCUAG